AUGUCUUACUAUCCAACCUACUACAUGAACGGUCAAAGCGCCCCCGACGCCCCCUCUCCCGAUUACCUGCAGUACCAAGCUGCUUUGAGGCGUCAAUUCGAAGCAUCGACACGACCGCCAACUCCAUACGCUCCGGCGUGUUCUCAUCCCGGAUAUCCUCAAUGGCCACCCCGUCGAGGACGACACCCCGAUGACUGGCAAUCGCUUUCGCAGAUUCCCGUGCCCUUCCAACCUCCUGACACGGCUGGAAUCGCUCGUCAGCCUGGGUAUGGCUCGUGGCGACAACAUCCCCGGGGUCGUUGCAAUCACUGGAAUCCACGCUGGCAUGCACAUGGGAGCUAUGGGUAUCAGAGUAUGAAUGAUGCUUUCACGCCCGCACCUUAUGCCGUUGGAUUGUCAGGCCCGCGAAGGCCGCCGCCCGACCCUCCCGUCCCACUCCUUCCACGCCCUCUGCCUCCUCCGUCUGGUCCGCGACCUCCAUCUCAACCAAAGCCUCCUCCGCGACCGAAGCCUGGCCCGAAGCAGCAGCAUAGUCGUCAGGCAAGAGUUUGCGACUACUUCUCCCCGUCUGUUGCGACUGACUCGGACAGUGGUAGUGAGUUCAGCAAAGCCCCUGCUGGGGUUGUGAGUGCGCAGGUUCCAAAGACGAUAUCUGUAGGUAUCGAUACGCACCAGUCGCGAGCCCCCAAGCAUGCUACAGCCCAUGUACAUCAAUCCAGGUCCGAGGGCACUCGCACGCCAACUCAAAUAGACUAUGAGGGUCAAGACUCAGGUUACCACAAUGAGACGACAUCGAUCAAGGAUUGGACGCCGAACUGUCAAGCUCCGCGAUCAACAUCGGCAGGUCAGUAUGAGGCCCAGCCAGGAGGUGUUGAGCUACAGACGAAAAAUUCUCCCUGGUGCUUUGCUUGCAAGCCACGGAAUAAGUUGCCGCAUCGCUACCCUUAUCGGGACUUCGCAGGGUACGCUGGGGUGCAGCGGAACCCUAUGACGGGACGGUGUGGAGUUGUCAGUGAGGGGGACUAUGCGGCGGUGAUUGCGCAGCAGCAGGCAGGGCUUCCACAAGCUGGCAGGUAUGAUUUUCAGGUCCCCAGAUCGCCGAAUUGA